CACCGAGUAACCCUCCUCCCUCGCCACACCGCCCACCCUUGUUUCCUUCUCCCCUCAUUUCUCUCUCUGCAAAGACACAAACACAUAGACACACCCGGUUCGCUAACUUACCAUAAAAGUGCCCUCUUACUCUCACCUUCACUUGCAAUGGGAUCAGGAGCUGAUUACGAUCACCAAAUCUACUCUCCGCCCAAGCUUUCCAUGUUUAUCUCCCGGCCGAUCGAGCCGCCGGAGGCAGCGCCUCUUCCUCCGCCACCCACCACCGUGUCAAUUCCCUUCCAGUGGGAGGAAGCUCCGGGGAAGCCUAGGCCCUGCCACACCCAAUCGGAGCCCGAUAGAUGUGGGAGAAGAGCCCUGGAGCUGCCUCCCAGGCUGGUAUUUCCGGAGGCCAAGGUCCCCAACGUCCUCUCGCCGACCACCGUGUUGGAUGGGCCGUACGUGGGCCGCGCCAUGUCCUUCACAACGUCGUAUAGGAGCCCCCGUAUGGUGGGGAAGGACCAUUGGAAUGGCAAUUUUGGGUCUAGCAGGUGGACCGGUUCCCGGAAGAACACGAGGCAGCAGUUCGGGGGCAGUAUUGACUUUUCAAAUGGUUCUACCUUUUGGGACGACCGUGGCUUUGAGGCAAGUACUACUGCGAAAGCUAAGAUCGCAAAGGUUGGAAGAAGAGGAAGCUUGUUCAGUCUCUCUCACUCUCAGUCAAGAUCACAUUUGUGGGCAAGCAUUUAUGAGAGCUUGAAGCAAGCGGUCCCAUGGAAACGCAAGCAAGAAAAGCAGAGAAAAUGGGAUCUCGCAAGAAACUGAUGUCAUUUGACUUCCUUACCCUUCAGUUCUCUCAUAAAACCACCCUUUAUUUGUACAGGAUGAGAAAUAUGCAAGAAUGACGAGUUCGUCUCAUCUUAAUGCAAUUCUACGCAUACAUAAAGACGCUUUCACCGCAAAAGUGAACCGCGUUAUCUUAGAUUAGAUUUAUAUCACUAAUGUAAUACUAAUAAUAGCGUAUAUUGUUUCUUAUUAUAUGAUAAGCUAGUGAUCAAUGAUACGGUUGUUUUAAUUUA